AUGGGUUUGGCCGUAUCAGGUGAGAGAGCGUUAUGGUUAAACCUGUCAGGCCUGGGCGACGCUCAGAAAGCGGAGGUGAUGGAUGCCCCUUACGACCCGACUAAGGGUUUAUUCGGGCCCGCUCUUGAGAAGAUGAGAGAAACCAGCACCCUCAGGAAGCAAGAGGAUGAAGCUUUCAACCUCUGCUUGCCACGCAAACAAGCAACGCGACCGCCUUCUCAACCAACGCGGCAGGGCUUCGCAACAGCCGCGGCGGCGAGAGGGAGGCCGAUGAAUGCGAGAGCUGUAAGACCUGCUCACAAUGGACAACAGGCCGGUCAACCUCCACGACCGGAUGGCUCCGGACCUUGGGGAAAACAUUCAUUUGCGGCCGUGGCGGCUAGGAACCGCCCGCCCCACCCCGAGGACAGGAAGAAGAAGCUUCCACCGCUGGGGGUAGCGCUCGCCCCUUCAACGGGAGACCGCACGGUGCACGUGAAGACGUCAUCACUGUGCGUCAACAGCAGGGCGGAAGUGUAUGGGGGCCUUCUCUCUGCCCGCAUAGCCAGCUGGCGUGCAUGCGCGGUUCAUCCGUGGGUUUUAGCAACAGUUUCACGGGGAUACAGACUACAAUUUGCCAUAAAACCGCCUCGCUUCAACGGGGUAAUUAUGUUAGUGGCCGAGGGAGAAUCGGCUCGGGUUUUGACGACCGAAAUCGAAACCCUUCUGAGCAAACAGGCAAUCAGAGUGGUGCUCGAGGAGGAGAGCCAUCAGGGUUUUUACUCCCGUUAUUUCGUAGUUCCAAAGAAAGGCGGCACAGCCCUCCGCCCUAUUUUGGAUCUACGUAUAUUAAACAUGCACCUAAGAAAGUAUUCAUUCAAAAUGUUGACACACAAGGUACUUUGUCAAUCGAUUCGCCCAAACGAUUGGUUUGUGACAAUAGACCUGUCAGACACAUACUUUCACAUAGACAUUUACCCCUCUCACAGGAAAUUCCUCAGGUUUGCAUACCGGGGCACAGCAUACGAAUUUCAAACUAUACCGUUCGGGCUAUCUUUAGCUCCGAGGGUGUUUACCAAAUGCGUGGAGGCAGCUCUGUUCCCGCUGAGGGACAGGGGAAUAAGAAUAUUGUCUUACAUAGACGAUUAUCUGAUAUGCUCGUCAUCAAGAGAGCAAGCCAUAAAGGACGCAGAGACGGUCCUGAAUCACCUCAGCGAUUUGGGUUUCAGAAUAAACAUGAUAAAGAGCCGGUUAGUGCCCUCUCAGCAAACGGCAUAUCUGGGGCUCAAUUUAAACUCCCUAUCGUAUCGAGUCACAUUGACGGAAGAGAGAAUAGAGUCUUUCACACAAUGUCUCGCCCGUUUUCAGAAGGGAAAAGUGGUCCCGUACAGGCUGUGCUUGCGAAUGCUGGGGCUUAUGGCUUCACUGAUCGCCGUGGUACAUUUGGGGCUUCUCAAAAUGAGGGAUUUACCAUCCUCAUCCAGACAUCAGAGAUGGAUCCCCAGUUUAAGAUUAAUGUUAAAAAAAAAUAUCCCAAGACGGGACCGUGUUAGGUCGCGCUGCGUGAAAGCGCUUUCGAUAUGGACAUCCCCUCACCUUUUCCUCUCGGGCACGGAGCUCGGCUCCGUGAGCAGGAGGAAAGUGGUGACUACGGAUGCGUCUGCGACGGGUUGGGGCGCUCACUGCGACGGCGAGCUCGCCUUCGGUGCGUGGAACAACCAGUUGUCUCAGCUACAUAUCAACCACCUCGAGAUGUGGGCGGUUAUCUUAGCGCUACGACACUUUCGACCGAAACUCCAACAUCAACACGUUCUAGUGCGGUCGGACAGUAUGACGGUGGUUUCGUUCAUAAACCACCAAGGAGGGCUGAGAUCUCGCUCCCUAUCCAGGCUGGCGAAACGGCUUUUAUUAUGGGCUCACGCGAACGUACGUUCGUUAAAAGCGACUCACGUACCGGGUGUAGCCAAUACGGGUGCAGACAUUCUCUCGCGCAACGGUCCGCCGCCGGGAGAAUGGAGACUGCAUCCUCAGACGGUCGAGAGAAUAUGGACCGUCUUCGGCCGGGCGGAGAUCGAUCUGUUUGCAUCAGACGAGAACGCGCAUUGCCCGAUCUUCUUCUCGAGACAUCAUGAUGCCCUGUCGCAAGCAUGGCCGGCGUGUCUUCUGUAUGCUUUUCCUCCGGUGGCCCUGUUACCACAGGUCCUUCAGAGGAUAAGAGAGACGAAAUGCGCGAUAAUUCUGGUCGCUCCGUUUUGGCACAAUCAACCGUGGCUCCCCGACCUAUGGCAGCUGAAAACAUCAGCACCAUGGCCAGUACCGCUGAGGAAAGACCUCCUAUCUCAGGCGAGAGGGACGAUAUGGCAUCCACAGCCGGAGCUAUGGAAUCUACACGUUUGGUCUCUGAACGGCAACCAUCACGCCUUUCAGGACGAGUGUUAAAUACUCUAACUGAAGCUAGGGCCCCAUCUACCAGGCGCCUUUACGCUCAAAAGUGGUCUAUUUUUUCUGAUUGGUGCACGACGAAAGACUUAAACCCAAACACCUGUGAAGUGGAGCAUAUUCUCUCCUUUCUGCAGGAAAUGCUGGACAGCGGUCGCGCGCCCUCGACGCUUAAAGUGUAUGUGGCGGCGAUAACGGCGAAUCACGCCCUUAUCGCCGGUCGCACCGUGGGAAAACAUGAUCUAAUCAUUAAAUUCCUCAGAGGCGCUCGCAGACUACACCCACCGCGACCUAACACGGUCCCGUCUUGGGAUCUGUCCACGGUCCUGAAA